GGCCAGAUCUGGCAGAUAGCUGAUAUGAGGACUUUGCUGACUUCAGAAAGCUGAGUGUAACACCAAUAGACUGCAGUGAAAGGAAAUAUUAUCCCUCCAAGCAGCUCAUAUACAGAUGACUUCUGGUAGCUUUAAAUUAACCUGUUGCUCACCUGCAAAGACACAGCUGUUGUUUCUUUCAGCACACAUGGAGGAAGGCAACAAACUUCGUAACCCUGGCUAAUAAGGCUGUGGCUUUCUUAUAAAAAGUAGGAGGUAGGCCAAUUAUAAAAGGAUUAUUUUAUACCUGAAUUCCAGGACUUUAUCUCUAGCCUGAACACUGGACAUAAAUAGAAGCCAAUUUUAAUGACCUGAGAUUUUACUACCUGUGCUUUAUUAUUGUAAUCAGUUCUUUAACACUUUGGUACUUUAUUUCUUUAACUUAGAAAUGGGUUCAUGGACUAGAAUGUGGCCCACGGAUUGGGCUGUUCUCAUGAAAUCAUGGCUUAUCUUUUCCCUGGGGCUCUACAUGCAGGUCUCCAAAACUUUGGCCUGCCCAAAAGUGUGCCGCUGUGACCGAAACUUUGUCUACUGUAAUGAGAGAAGCUUGACCUCAGUGCCUCUUGGGAUACCGGAGGGUGUAACCGUCCUCUACCUCCAUAAUAACCAAAUUAAUAAUGCUGGAUUUCCUGCAGAGCUGCACAAUGUCCAGUCUGUGCACACAGUCUACCUGUAUGGCAACCAGUUGGAUGAAUUCCCCAUGAACCUGCCCAAGAAUGUCAGGGUUCUCCACCUGCAGGAAAACAACAUUCAGACCAUUUCUCGGGCUGCCCUUGCUCAGCUUUUGAAGCUGGAAGAGCUGCACCUGGAUGACAACUCCAUCUCCACUGUUGGCGUUGAGGAUGGGGCAUUCCGGGAAGCCAUCAGCCUCAAGCUUCUGUUCUUGUCCAAGAAUCACUUAAGCAGCGUACCAGUAGGCCUUCCAGUGGACUUACAAGAACUUCGAGUAGACGAAAACCGAAUUGCUGUCAUUUCAGACCUGGCUUUCCAGAAUCUUACAAGCCUGGAACGUCUGAUUGUGGAUGGCAAUCUCCUUACUAAUAAAGGCAUAGCUGAAGGCACCUUCAGCCACCUCUCCAAGCUCAAGGAAUUCUCAAUAGUGCGGAAUUCACUGACCUACCCUCCUCCCGAUCUUCCAGGUACACAUCUGCUAAGGCUCUACUUGCAGGACAACCAGAUAACCCAUAUACCACUUACAGCCUUUUCAAACCUCCGUAAGCUGGAACGGCUUGAUAUCUCCAACAAUCAGCUUCGGAUGUUGGUAAAGGGGGUAUUUGAUAAUCUCCACAACCUGAGGCAACUCACUGUAAGGAAUAAUCCCUGGUUGUGUGACUGCAGUAUUAAGUGGGUCACUGAAUGGCUCAAAUUUAUUCCUGCUUCUAUCAAUGUACGGGGUUUUAUGUGCCAGGGACCAGAGCAGGUCCGAGGUAUGGCAGUCAGAGAGCUCAAUAUGAAUAUGUUAUCAUGCCCCACCACCACCCCUGGUCUGCCACUUAUCAUCACCCCAGUCCCAGCUACAGCCAUGCCAACUACAUUAGUUCCCACUUCAUCAGUUCCUCCCCCAGCUAGCAAAUAUAAUCUUCUCACUCCCACCACAGCCACACUCCCCACUGUGCCUGACAGAGAGGACAGAGAAAGGGUGACACCUCCUAUAUCUGAAAGGAUUCAACUCUCCAUCCAUUUUGUGAAUGACACUUGCAUCCAAGUUAACUGGAUGUCUCUUUUUACCGUGAUGGCAUAUAAGCUUACAUGGGUUAAAAUGGGCCAUAGUCUGGUAGGAGGAAUUGUUCAGGAACGAAUAGUUAGUGGUGAGAAGCAACACUUAAGCUUGGUAAAUCUGGAGCCUAAAUCCACCUAUCGGAUUUGCUUGGUUCCACUGGAUACUUACAACAAUUACCGAACUGGAGAAGACACUGUCUGUUCAGAAGCCACAACCAAGGCUUCAUUUUUGAGCAAUGGCAGCAACAUCCCCUCCAGCCAUGAGCAGACAACCUCUCAGAACCUGGGCUCCCCAUUUCUGCUGGCAGGGUUGAUUGGGGGUGCAGUGAUAUUUGUCCUUGUGGUCCUGCUCAGCAUUUUUUGUUGGCACAUGCACAAAAAAGGGCGUUACACCUCCCAGAAGUGGAAAUAUAACCGGGGCCGUCGGAAAGAUGACUACUGCGAGGCAGGGACCAAGAAGGACAACUCCAUCCUGGAGAUGACGGAAACCAGCUUCCAGAUUGUCUCCUUAAAUAAUGAUCAGCUCCUUAAAGGAGAUUUCAGACUGCAGCCCAUUUAUACCCCAAACGGGGGCAUUAACUACACAGACUGCCACAUCCCCAACAACAUGCGAUAUUGCAACAGCAAUGUCUCAGACCUGGAGCACUGUCAUACAUGAUAGUGAGGGGAGAUGGGGGUGUCUAGGACAAAGAGAAAAAAACUCUGGAAAAAGUAACCCCCCGACAACAAUGAAAAAAUUACAUUUGAUAAAUGUUACCCAGAUGCAUUUAUGCAUUUGAAUACUCUGUAAUUUAUAUGGUGUACUAUAUAAUGGGAUUUAAAAAAAGUGCUAUCUUUUCUAUUUCAAGUUAAUUGCAAAUGGUUUUGUAACUCUUUGCUUUUUAAAUCUUUAAAAAAUAUUGCGAAGUACUGUACAGGGUUGUACAAUAAGAACCCAGUGUCAUGGCAAAGGAAAGAAUGACUCAUUCUUCAAACAUUAACCACUUUGCUGUCGAAGCUGUCUGAGGGAUGUUAAGUUUCUACGUGUCCUAUAGUACAGGAAAAUAAGUGCAUAUUAAAACAGGGUCACUAGAAAUGAACAAAAACAAUUCAGAUAGAAUGGGUACAACCCUUCCAUCUUGAACCUGUCAUUUGCUGUUGAGCUUCAAACAAUUGGAAAUACUUCUGUUCCCUUUCGUCAGUUCUGCAUUUCCCACUUCCAGCUGAAAGUUGGAGUUCUGAGUGCUACCAAAAAGGCUACUUUCUUGUUUGAUUAGUUUUCUCCCAAUAUACCUGGAAUAAGAAAGGUAGACAGAACUCAGUGUCAAAGUGACCUUGAUUCCUAUUUGCAAAGCUACUCUGAAAGUG